CUCCUCCAGACACCAUGAACAAGAUCAUCAUCUAUGAAAAUGCUGUCUUUCAAGGCAUCAGCAAAGAGUUCACCUCCUCUGUCUCCAACUUAGCUCAGGAGAAUUUUAAUGACUGCAUCUCCUCUCUGAAGGUGAUCGGGAAUCCAUGGGUGGCGUACUCAGAUGUCAAUUUCAGUGGUAACCAGGAAAUCUAUGAGGAGGGUGAAUACGCCAGAGUGGAGCACAAUGACAGCAUUUCUUCACUAGAGGUGCUGACGGAGGACCUGACGAACCCUCAGAUAACACUUUAUGAAGAUGCGGACUAUAAGGGCAGAAGUAUUGUGCUGAAGGAUGAGACCAACCUGUGGUACGGCUCUUUUAACAAUGUGGCAUCUUCUCACAAGGUUCAGAGAGGAGCCUGGGUCCUGUAUGAGCAUGCCGACAGACGUGGGGCAAAGAUGGUGGCCAGAGCUUCUUGUGAUGUUCCUGUGUACGACUCAUUCAAUGACCGAGUGUCCCAUGUGUGCCCUCUGAAGCCAGGAAGGCCCACUGUUACAGCAGAGGUUCUCUGGGACAAGAAAGAAGAACAUGUCAAAUCAGUUACGAUCGACUCCAUAUGUGGUCUGAACUGUGGAGAACGUGAAGAAAGCUUCUCCACUGAGCUGUAUAGAGAAUAUGAGGGCUCUGUCACUGACAGCUUCAGCUUUGGCAAUGCUACACAGAUCACCUGGGGAAUGAAAUUUAGUGUAGAUGUAGAACAGAUGAAGGGAAACCACAACCUGAGUAAUACCUUCACUGUAGAGAAAGGGAGCAGCAACACCAGAACUGAGAAGAAGAGUGUCCGGAUCUCCCUGCCAGCCACUGUCCCUCCCCGCACCAAGUUCACUGUGAACGUGGUAAGGAAGGAGGUAGAUGUGAAGGUCCCAGUCAAGCUGACCAUCACUGCUGGGUCCCUCAGCAUGAAUGAAUUUGGAGAGUACAGGUGCCAGUCUGGUAACUCCAUCACCACCGAGUACAUAGAGGAUAAAAUCUAG